AUGGCAGGUUUACCAGGAACUUGGCAGAACACCAACCUGAAGUCUAUGCAAGAACAAUGGGAUCAGUUUCUCAUGACCAGCGAUUCGCAAACUGCUUCGAUCCAUCUUGAGAACCUCAAGAGAAUCCCCUUCGUUGGUACUUAUGAGCACAGGCUUACCAUUGAGCGGCUGUACAAGCGUAUCAAAGAUCGAGGAGACAAAGAUAUUGGUUACCUCAACGAGAACAGCUUUUGGACCAUGAUCAAGAGUGAAGCAGCAGAAUUGGGUAUCAGCAAUGAGAAGGCCAUGGCAGGUACGCUUGCACAACUACAAGCAAUGAAGGAUGGUAUACAAGAGAUCAAGGCAGUUAACAAGGCAAACAAUCAGAUCAUCAGCAUCAAGAAAAGCUAUGCUGACGCAUCCUACGAAUGGUGGUCCGCACUACUGAAGCUUGUCCACCACAUAGGCGAAAUUGAAAAGGUGAACAAGAUCCCUACCAUCGUCAGACUUCUGAGCGAUGCGGUAUUGAUGAGGGUAAUCGUGUCAGAAAACGAUGGAUGCCCAGACAUCAAGGUGGAAGAUAUAGUGGAAGCGACGAGCAAGAUUGAUCUCAAGGAGGGAGCUAUGGUCCUGUGCGAUGAUGCAACGUACGAUCACCACGGUUACUCUCGCUCAAAGGGUAAAAUCGGUAUCGAAAAGUUCUAG